UCUAAUAUUUAUUUAUGUUGAUCAAAAAUUAACAUAAUUUAUUAUAAAGUCCACGUGCUUUUAUGUCAAUACACAGUUCAUAAGAUGCAAUUUGUGACAUUAAAUCAUGUAAAAUAUUAUUCGAUUUCAUAGAUUAAUGCAAUUAUUUGCGUGCAUUCCACUCAAGGCUACAGAGAAAAUUUUAGAGGACGGAUUGCGACAGGUUUGGAUUACCAAUUAUAAACCAUCAAAGUGGCGCCCGUCGGAAUAGACCCCAUGGACAUGGAUGGGGACUCCAGUGAUGAGGUGACAUCUGAAGCCCUCAAUGGAGAAACCAAGCCUGAUGUCGCCAAACUUGCACAGUCCGCCAUUAUUAAGCAAGAUGUUAUGCUCUCAGCAACCAGUACACAGUCUCCCUUGGCGCAUGUUUCAUCGGUUUUCACCAUGCCAACCAUUUCCAUGCCUUCAGUAUCCAUGGCAACCAGUGCCCUUGGAGGGUUGACAGAUCACUUGUUUAUGUCCCAUCUUCCAUCAGCUACAGACUCACCAUCCCAUGGUGAUGGCAAAUCGGAUAAUGGUGCAAUUACAUCAAUGUCUAGUCCUUCACACUUGUUUGGUCAGCCCCAGGUGGCAGCACCACAGUUUUUCCUUACAGGUCAGUCUGUUCAAGGACAAGGUCUUCAGCAGCUGCUGAUACCAGUUUCUACUGGCAAUGGCCAACAACAAUUUAUUAGUAUUCCUGUUUCCUUGGCAACAGGUGGUAACCAGCAGAUACAGUUAUUGACAACAUCCAAUGGUCAGAUAAUAGCAACAAAUUUAGCCAACAUACCAGGCUUAACACAACCAUUAAACCUCAACAUCAAUUCCAAUAGCAGCAGUCAGUCAUCCAAUUCAUUACAUAAUCAUUUGAGUGCUGGAUUAGCCAGUCAGCUUAGUAACCUUCCUUCACUGCUGUCAGCUAAUGCUCAAAGUCAGAUACUUGCUUUAGGGCAGCAGGUAUUAAAUCCAUUGACAUUGACACCUAACGUCACCUCAUCAUCACACUCAUCAAUGAACGGUCAGUCACGACAGACAUCAUCUCCGACAACACCAAAGAGAUUAUCAUUAGUAUCACAAAGUCCCACAUCAACAUCUACCAUUGAUGGUUUACCACCGAGUGUCAGUCAGUUACUUCCACAUACUGUAGGUAACUCUACUGAGAGUACAACAGUAGAUGGUAUUAACUUAGAUGAAAUUAAAGAAUUUGCCAAACAGUUUAAAAUCCGCCGUUUAUCAUUAGGAUUAACGCAGACACAAGUUGGUCAGGCACUGAGUGCUACAGAAGGACCGGCAUACAGUCAGUCGGCCAUCUGCAGAUUUGAAAAAUUAGACAUUACACCAAAAAGUGCACAAAAAAUAAAACCUGUUUUAGAGAGGUGGAUGAUGGAAGCUGAGGAACGAUAUAGAAACGGUGUCAAUAAUUUAACAGAUUUUAUAGGCAGUGAACCAUCAAAGAAACGCAAACGACGGACAUCUUUUACACCAGCUGCGUUAGAAGUAUUAAAUAAUUUCUUUGAAAUAAACACACAUCCAUCAGGUGCUGAGAUGACAGAGCUGUCAGAAAAACUGAACUAUGAUCGUGAAGUGAUUCGUGUCUGGUUCUGUAACAAAAGACAAGCUUUAAAAAAUACAAUAAAGAAAUUGAAACAAGAAACACCAUGAUAAUUGUCUCAAUACCGUGGUCACAGGGUACUUAGAAAUACAUGUAAUAAGCUGUUCCUUAUUAACAGUCACAGAAUGCAAGUCUUCUACAACAACCAGUGUAUAGUUAAAUUUUAUUAACUUCUAAUAAUAUCAGUUGUAGUGUUAAAACAUUCUUGAUUUAUUGAAGUUCAGUAGUAUACUUUACUUGACUGGUAUGAUUGUAUUGCCCACAGAGAUGGCAGUUAAAGAGAGACUUGGGAGUGCUGUGUCCAGUAUCAAAUACAUCCACAGUUGAUAAACUUUGUGAUAUUAGUAACACAGGAGGUAGAUAUCUAUGGACUAACAGUUGUUUUAAUGGACUCAGAAUCUCUUUUCACUCAUUUUUUUAAUGAUUAAAGGUCAUCAUUGACAAUAUACUUUUUAAUUGAUGGUUUAUAUAAAAAAAACAAAAAACAUAUUAUUUAACUUCACUACAUUAUUAUUUUUUCUCAAACUGCCAAAAAAAGAAUAUUUCUUUCAGUACUUUCCUAUUUUGAAAUAGUCACUUUGUCAAACUAUGAUCCUACAAUCAUAAAUUAAGAUAAUUGAUAACUACAUAGUAUUUAAUCCAAAUUUCAAUCUGCUGAUUUCCACAUCAUUUUAGAAUUACCUUAAAUGGUGAUUAGUCUAAUUAUUUGUAUUUGUCACUUCCGUGAGAGUGUUAUAAAUGUAGGAACCAUAAAUAUGGGUCAGAGGCCAACAACAAAUUGUGCAAUAUCUAAGGCAUGUACUAAUAGCAUUUAUUUUUGAGUUUUAUUCAAACUAUAAGUGUAGUCUAAUGUAUGCAUCAUAGUUAAGACCUGUAUUGUAUAGGUAAACAAGCUGUGUGUUUUUUUUUAAUUUAUUGUGUUCAGUUCUUAUGGAGCAGCUAUUAGAAUGUCACAACUUUUAAACAUUAUCAUAAAAGGACAACAUUGUCAUAAAAAAAUUAUAAUGUGAAAACAUUAUCCUUUCAGGACAAUGUCAUCAAAACAAUUACAAAGUGUAUAAAUAUGUUACAUCAAUGGUACUUUAGAAUAGUCCCAGACUAAUAUCAAUGCCAAAUAUUAUAGAAACAUUUACAUGGUAAGAAGUGUCUUGCUAUGGUUAAUAGGUUGUCACAGAUAAGGUUGUCUAUGAGUAAAGUUAUAAUGUACUUCUAAUAUGUCACAGUAAUAUUUUGAUUAUCAAACUUUUUAUUGAAGUGGCUAAUGAAAAUGUUAAUAUUGUUUUUCUUUGAUUGAAUUUGUUUUAUUAAUUUCAAGACCAAAGUGCUUGUCCUUAUUGUAUCUGUCAACACAAAACUAUAUGGAUAUAUUAUUUUAAAUGAGAUUAAAGAAAAUUAUGUGUUUCAAAAAAGAUGUAAGUUAAUUGAUCACCAACAUACCAUAGGUACCAUCAAAAGGUAAACAGAUUAGCUAUCAGAUAUGUGACUGCUGUUGUGAGGGGGAAUGAUAUAUGUAAUGUCCACAAGUUAAGUAGACCUUAUUGAUAUUUUCUAGCUUCCUUAGAAAUGGAUACUUUUUCAAGACAUCAAAAUUGUUAUUUUAUACAGCUGUUAUCAUAAUGCUAGCAAGUUAAAGAUUUGGUUUCUUGCUUGCUUUGUUUGCAUUAAUGUUAACUCCGCCUACUUUUAUUGUUUGCAGAUGUCCAUCUUUAUCACAGUGCAUGAUCAAAUUUUUGAACAAACACAGCAAGCAAGCCAAACUAAUCUUUAACUUGCUAGUAUUAUGAUAACAGCUGUAAAAUACAAAAUUAUUACAUAGCAGUUGAAUGUAAACAAAGAAGUAAAGAGUUCAGCUGGAAAAAAGUUAAAGUAAAAACUAAUCCAUGGUGUUGUGUGUUUUGUUAUCAGUAGAAACCUAUAGAAAUUGAUAUUUUUCCAUUCUUCAGUAAAAUAACUGAAUUUGCCAUUAUUUUGUGUUCAAUAUGUUCAGUUAAUUUAUACCUAUUUGUGAUAUUAUACAUUGGUCUCUGAAAUUUGUAAAACGAAUUCCCUUAAUAAGAUUGACAAUAUACUAACAUUAUCUACAGAGAUUUUAUUGUUGUUAUUGUUGUUAGUGUUUAUAUACAUUUUAUAGUACAAUAUUGUUAGAACUUUUUUAUUAUUUAUUAUUUUGGUCAGAAUUUGUUAUAAGCUUAUACAUUUUAUAUAUAAACUAUUUCAUCAUUUUCAUCAUCUUUUUGUGCAAUAUGAAAUUAGCAUUACUUCAUAAUCGUCCUUGUUAAAAAUAAAUCAAAGAUUUUCAUUCGAUAAUUUGUUAAAACUUAAUCAUGUACUUUACAUGGGACAAGAUAUUGCAAAAAAUGAGUGAAUAUGUUUCAUUCAUUCAGGUCGUGAAAUAAAACAAUUUUUUAUUGUUUGAAAUUUCUUCUGAAACAUAAUUUAUUAUUGCGCUAUUAGCUACUGUCCAAUUUUUAUUGUUAGAUGAAGACUUAAUGUUGCGGGUAUACUUUAUAGAUUUCUGUAUCUUUUUUCAGAUACUGUACAAAUUAUCAAACUUUGAAACACAUUACAAUGUAAGGUUUUGUACUGGCUUUUUACAUUGCGCAUGUUUUCGGGAUUCAAAAUAAUUUUUGCUAAUAGUUACUUAAAGUAUGUACUAUUAAUACAAUUUUUGGACAAGGAAACUUUUAAAGUACUGAUACAAUCAGAUACUCCUAUUUGUUGUUAGUGUAUUUAUAGACUUAAUUGAAGUCAUGUUACAAGCAAAAUUUUACUUAUUUGUAUAUUUACAGCAUAACUUUAGUAAAAUUGUAAUUCUCAUUCAGCUUAAAAGGCAGUAUGAAGUUGUAUUUUAAUAUUUGUUUAAGUUGAAUGUAUUAUUGUACAGUAUAGAAUUCAGUGUACAUAUUCAUUAUAUUAUUUAUUAAAAUCCAUUCUGAUAGUGCAAUUUCUCGCAUUAAAAUAGAAAAUUGCAAUUUUAAUGUAGCUUUUAAUUUGUUAUGAACACUUUUUUAUUUUAAAUAUUUUUUAUAUAGUAUAUGUGAACAGAAAAUCCAUUCUUCCAAUUUUGUGUUUUACUGGACAUUUCUUCCUUCAUUCUCUUUAUUUUUAUCAUUCCACUAUUAUUAAGAUUUAUUUGUAAAUUACACAGAUUUUGUAUCUUUAUUAAAAAAAAACCAGAAAUAUCAAGGUAAAAAUAGUAUUUAAAAAUUAUUAUGUUUAAAAUCCUUUUGUAUAGAUCACAAUAACAAAAACAGUAAUAACAGCAUGUAAAGAUUCAUCAAAUAAUAUAAUUACUUUUUAUUGUAAUUUAUUAUUCCGUAGUAUGGAAUAUAAGGUUGGCAUUAUACUUUUGCCCCAAAAAUAAUGAAGAUUAUUAUGUUUCAUGAUUAAUUACUGUGACCUUACAAAGAAAAACAUUUAAAGUGUCUCAUAAUACCUGUUGCAGUAGCUUUCAUUAAAGCUAUCAAAAUAAGUAAUUCUGCUCUACCAAUAAACUGAAUUCAUCUAUUUAAACUGAAGUUUUUGUAUCACCAUUGUUUUUUUUUGUUGUUUUUUUUUAAUAUUUGCAUUUUUAUAAAGAGAAUAUGAAUUAUAACGGGUAAAUUUUAUACUUAUAAGUAGGGGAGGGGGGAUAGAGUUCUGAAAUCCAUUAGAUAAAUGUGUUAAGUAUUACCAUGGAAUAUAGAUCUGUGUGGAAGUCUAGUCAAUUUUUAGUUUCAGCUUUUUUUAAUAUGUGGUGCUAAACGUUGUCAGUGCUUUUCAUUGUUAAUGUCUUGUAAUGAUGUUUAAUCCAUCUCAUUAAUAAAUGUAAAAAUAGA